UCCCCGUAUAGCCACAACAGACUGCUGGCUGCAAGCGCUGUCGGCGAGCACCACAAAUGAAGAAGGCUGGGCAAGGUUGAGCGUGGGCCAGCCACCACGCCGGGGACGCCUUCGUCUCCCCACGAUUACAAACAACAACAAGAACAGCAAGCGGCAGAGGCAGCAGCAGCAGCCAAGCGUACACGAAGCAAGCCAUGGACAACACGCCAAAGCAGCCGUACCAGGGAGAUCAAAUGGCGCGUCUCAAAGAGAAGGAUAAAAAGAAGGAGAAGAAGCUCGGGGACGAGAGCGACCACGCGAAAAAGACAAAGUUUAAACUGAAAAAAUCUACGGAUCAUGAGCAGGUGUCUCUGCUGGACCGCUUUGCAAGCAUCCGCGUUGCCGCUAAGAAGGACAAGGAGAAAGGGGACCGGCCCGUCGUUGUGCAACGUGGAGGAGGGCCGAGCAGCCUACCUUUCGGUGGAGAUGACCUCACCGAGGACCAGAUCCACACGUUUUUUGAGAAGAUGCUGGAGGACAUGAACCUCAGUGAGGCCCACAAGGCUCCUUUGCGCCACAAAGAUGAAAAAACGAAGCGUGACAUGGUUUUACAAUACAUGGCUUCCUCUUCCAAGACGGGUGGAACGCACAAACGGGACACAGCGUUGUCGGGAAAAGACUACAUCACAGAACUGACUGGACUUCGGAAGAUGGAACACGACUCCGAUCAGGAGCGCCUGCUCUCCUGCCUGGAGUCUCUGAGAGUGUCCCUCACGAGCAAUCCUGUCAGCUGGGUGGAGCUUUUUGGUGAUGAAGGACUAAAGAUCCUUUUGGAUAUUCUACAAGACCUUCAGGAGAAACAAAGCCCGAAUCACUUUGAUUGGAAAAUUCAGCUCGAGAUCGUGCGAUGCCUGAGGGCCUUCAUGAACAACAAGGUGGGCCUGCGCGCCAUGCUGGCCACCCACAACGGCGUGCUCCUGUUGGCGCGUGCCGUCGAGCCCCGGCACCCGUCUAUGAUGGUGGAGGCCGUGCGCUUGCUGUCCGCGCUCUCUAUACUCGACGAGGACCAUUUUGAUGGCGCGAAGCCCUCAAGCCGAGUGCUGGAUGCGCUUGCGGAAUGCGCGGAGAUCUGUGAGCAGGAGCGUUUCCAACCCAUCGUUGAAGGCCUGGAUGUAAAGCAGAGCCUGUCACUUAAGAUUGCUUGCUUUAUUCUCAUCAACGCUCUGGUGGAGACCCCGGAGGAUCUAGAAUUCAGGAUUCAUCUCCGUAACGAGUUCAUGCGCAAUGGCCUAGGCAAGGCGCUUACGCACCUGAGGGAAAUCCAAAACGAGCAGCUGGAGGUGCAGCUCCGCGUGUUUGACGAGGGCCGAGAGGGCGACUUCCAGGACUUCUCUCAGCGUCUGCAAGAUAUCCGUGGAGAGUUGGAUGACAUCAACGAUGUGUACGCCUUCCUGUCCAACACGGUGAAGGAUACUCAAGCUGAGCAGCCUUUCCUGUCCAUAAUGCAGCACCUGCUGCUCAUUCGCAACGACUUCCUUGUCAGGCCUCAGUAUUUCCGUCUCAUCGAGGAAUGUGUCUCACAAGUGGUGCUGCACCGUGGGGGUGUGGACCCUGACUUCCGUUCCACAAGUCGCUUCCACGUGGACGUUGAUAAUUUAAUAGAAAAUAUGGUGAAUCAGCAGAAGGUAGAACAAUACGAGUUAAGAGCCAGCGAACUGGAGAAAAAGCUGGAGGCAGAGAUGACAGUGCGACAGGAAGCGAUGGCCGAGUUGAAACGGCGCGAGGGUGAGGCGGAAACUCGGAGGUACGAGGCUGAGGCACGUGCCACGCAACUGGAAGAAGAGAAAACACGCAUUGCUCAAGAGCUGCAGCUCCAAGUCCAGGAGAAGCUGAGACUGCAGGAGGAGUUUGCCCGAGCCAGGGAAGAGAUCAAGCCAGCUGCACCAGACUCAACGGGAGGAGCCCCAGCCCCACCUCCUGCACCACCGCUGCCUGGGAUGAUUGUAAUUCCUCCUCCACCGCCUCUACCUGGGACAGUUGGGAUUCCUCCUGCACCUCCUCUACCUGGGAUGGGUGGAAUUCCUCCUGCACCUCCCCUACCUGGCAUGGGUGGAAUUCCUCCUGCACCUCCCCUACCUGGCAUGGGUGGAAUUCCUCCUCCACCUCCUUUACCUGGUAUGGGUGGAAUUCCUCCUGCACCUCCUCUACCUGGGAUGGGUGGAAUUCCUCCUCCGCCUCCGCUACCUGGCAUGGGUGGAAUUCCUCCUCCGCCUCCGCUACCUGGCAUGGGUGGAAUUCCUCCUCCGCCUCCUCUACCUGGCAUGGGUGGAAUUCCUCCUCCACCUCCGCUACCUGGGAUGGGUGGAAUUCCUCCUCCGCCUCCUCUACCUGGCAUGGGUGGAAUUCCUCCUCCGCCUCCUCUACCUGGGAUGGGGGGGCCACCACCUCCUCCCCCACUUCCUGGCAUGGGACCCCCUCCGCCGCCACCAGCACCAGGGAUGGGAGGCCCUCCUCCGCCACCUGGUCUUUUCACCUUCGCCGCACAGCGUCCGGGCCUGCCCUUUGGCCUGCAGCCCAAGAAGGAGUACAAGCCUGAAAUCUCCACAAAGCGUGCCAACUGGGCCAAGAUCAGGCCAGAGGAGUUCAAGGAAAACAGCUUCUGGACAAAGGCCAAGGAGGAACGCUUUGAAAACCCAGAUGUCCUUUCAAAGCUGGCCCAAACUUUUGCAGCACAAGCCGCUAAAGCCAAGCAAGCAGAAGUGCUGGACUUACCAGACAAGCCCCCUUCCAAGAAAAAAAUAAAGGAGCUCAAAGUCUUGGACCAAAAAUCGGGGCAAAACCUUUCUAUCUUUUUAGGAACACUGAAGAUGCCCUACACAGAAAUUAAGAAAAUAAUUCUGGAGGUGAAUGAAGAAAAAAUCACAGAGUCAAUGAUACAGAACCUGAUCAAACAGCUGCCCGAGGCAGACCAGCUGGAGGCUCUGGCGGGCUUCAAAGAUGAGUACGAUGACUUGGCAGAGGCCGAGCAGUUUUCUGUAGUGAUCGGCUCGGUGACGCGCCUGCGCUCCCGCCUCACGGCCAUCCAGUUCAUGCUGCAGUUCGAGGAGCAGGUGUCCUCCGUGAAGCCGGACGUGGUCGCCGUAACGGCGGCGUGCGAGGAGGUGCAGCAGAGCGACGCGUUCAGCCGCCUGCUCGAGAUCGUGCUGCUCUUCGGCAACUACAUGAACGCCGGAUCGCGCAACGCGCAGACCUUUGGCUUCAACAUCAGCUACCUGUGCAAGCUUCGCGACACCAAGUCAGCAGACCAAAAACAAACACUCCUUCACUUUCUGGCCGAGGUUUGCGAGGCCGAGUAUCCGGAGGUGCUCAAGUUCACCGAGGACCUGAGUCACGUGGAGAAGGCCUCCAGAGUGUCAGCCGAGAAUCUCCAGAAGAAUCUGAAGCAGAUGGAGAAUCAGAUCGAACAGUUGGAAAAGGACAUCCAGUCCUUCCCAUCAACCGAGGACAAGAAUGACAAAUUUGUUGAGAAGAUGACAGGCUUUGUGGAGAAGGCGCGCGAGCAGUACGGUCGCUUGGCGCUCAUGUUCGACAACAUGCAAAAGCUGUUCGAUGGCCUUGGGGAGUACUUUGUUUUCAAUACCAAGAAAGUCAGCGUGGAGGAGUUUUUUGGAGACCUCACCAACUUCCGCUCUAUGUUCAUGCAAGCAGUGAAGGAUAACGUAAGACGGAGAGAGGCAGAGGAGAAAAUACAAAAAGCACAGCUCGCCAAAGAGAGGGCUGAGAAGGAACGACUUGAGAAGCAAAAUAAAAAGCGGUUACUAGAAGAUGGAGAUGAGACAGGUGUCAUGGACAGUCUGAUGGAGGCAUUGCAGUCAGGAGCUGCCUUCAAGAGAAAACGAGCACCUCGGCAGCCAGCAGAGGCACGGCGCCCGGCCGGAGAGGAACGCUCGCGCUCGCGAGGCCGCGCCGAUGUGCCGUCGCGUACCCGCAUGUCGCGUGACCUGGAGAUGGCCCUGCUGGAUGGGGACAGAAGAGCUCCUGCCACCACCGUGAGGGAGAAGACCAAGGCCGUGGAGGGAGACACCCCUCCCGAAGUAGAGAAGGACUCGAAAACAACGGACGUGGAAAUGGAGGAGGAGGAACUCGCAGUGACUGUAACUGAAGAGUGAUGCUUUGUGGAUUAGAUAGAUAAUUAAGCUGUGUAUGCAUGAAAAGAAAAGCAUAGGAUGUUUUUAAUCGUCAUUUUAUAUUCCGAUUGGCACGACGGAGGUUGUCAUUAUUGUCCAACCCUGCCUUAUGUAUUUGUGCCCUUUGAAUUAAUAAUGCCGACUUAUGAAAUGUAAAAGAGCAUAGUUUU